GUGUGUGUGGUGUGUGUGUGUGUGUGUGUGUGUGAACUGAGCAGAGGUGAAGAAGAGGAGGAUGAAGCUGGGAACGGAGGAUGGGAGGAAGAGUGGAAUAAGCGACAGGCUAGCUAUCAAGGGCUGUGUAUGCAUGCCUGCAAGUGUGAAUGCGUGAGUGAGGAAGAGGGAGGUGGUUAUCCGACUGAAACAAAGACGCAUUUUGGAACCCCGAAACAUUAACGGAAACUUUAAACUUUUACCAGCCAGAGCUUGGCAACUGUGCCGGGUCCCGGCUUUGUUUCGAGGCAGGGGAGGUUUACAAUAAAUGUAGGGAUAAAAUAGCCCCAGAUCGAAUUUUUUUUUACGCAAGAGGGGAAUCCCUUGGAUAGUGUUUGUUGGGGGUAACGAGAGAAUGGCGGCCAACAUGUACCGAGUGGGAGAUUACGUGUACUUUGAGAAUUCCUCCAGCAACCCUUACCUGAUCCGGAGAAUAGAAGAGCUCAACAAGACGGCCAAUGGGAACGUGGAAGCCAAGGUGGUGUGUCUGUUUCGGAGGAGGGACAUCUCGGGCAACCUCAACACUCUGGCUGACAGCAACGCAAGAGACUUUGAGGAGGAGUCCAAGCAGCCCACAGUGUCUGAACAGCAGAAACACCAGCUGAAACACAGAGAACUCUUCCUCUCUCGGCAGUUUGAGUCUUUACCAGCCACUCACAUAAGGGGGAAAUGUAACGUUACACUCCUCAACGAAACAGACGUCCUCGCCGGGUACCUGGAGAAAGAGGAGUGUUUCUUCUACUCGCUGGUGUUUGACCCGGUCCAGAAGACCCUGCUGGCGGACCAAGGAGAGAUUCGGGUGGGCUCCAAGUACCAGGCCGAGAUCCCCGACAAGUUAGCCGAAGGUGAAGAAGACACCCGUAUUCAGGAGAAGCUGGAGGUCAAGGUGUGGCACCCCGACAACCAGCUCAAAGACCCACAGAUCGACCAGUUUCUGGUGGUGGCUCGUGCUGUGGGGACGUUUGCCCGAGCCCUGGACUGCAGCAGCUCUAUCCGUCAACCCAGCCUGCAUAUGAGUGCUGCGGCCGCCUCCCGAGACAUCACGCUGUUCCACGCGAUGGAUACCCUGCAGAAAAACGACUACGACCUGGCCAAGGCCAUGUCCACGCUGGUGCCUCAGGGCGGGCCUGUGCUCUGCCGUGACGAGAUGGAGGAGUGGAGCGCCUCGGAGGCCAUGCUGUUCGAAGAGGCCCUGGAGAAAUAUGGCAAGGACUUCAACGACAUCCGCCAGGACUUUUUGCCAUGGAAGUCACUAGCCAGCGUGGUUCAGUUCUACUACAUGUGGAAAACCACCGACCGCUACAUUCAACAGAAACGACUCAAGGCAGCGGAAGCAGACAGCAAGCUGAAGCAGGUUUACAUCCCCACCUACACCAAGCCCAACCCCAACCAGAUCAUGGCUCCUGGUAACAAGCCUGGCAUGAACGGGGCCGCUGGCUUCCAGAAAGGACUGAGCUGUGAGAGUUGCCGUAACCUCCCCUCUGUUGCAGCCGCCCAGUCAGCACAGUGGUACGCGUGGGGUCCUCCCAACAUGCAGUGCAGACUGUGUGCAUCCUGCUGGAUCUACUGGAAGAAGUACGGAGGCCUGAAGACCCCCACACAGCUAGAGGGGGCCGCAAGAUCUGGCUCAGAGUCAACCCCCCGAGGUCACAUGACCCGCCAGGAAGUGCAGGGCCUGUCACCGUUCACGACUAGUGGGGGGCGGGCCAAGCUGCUGGCCAAAAACCGGCAGACGUUCAUCCUGCAGACCACCAAGCUGACGCGCAUCGCCCGCCGUGUCUGCACUGACAUCCUGCAGCCCCGCAGCGCCGCACGCCGCCCCUACGCCUCCAUCAACGCCAAUGCCGUCAAGGCCGAGUGUAUGAUAAGGCUGCCUAAAGCGACCAAGGCCCCUAUAAAGAACUGCUCGAUCCCUCGACCACCGCUGGCCACCAUAGUGAAGGAACUGGCCAUCCAGGCUCCACUCAAGCUGAAGGCCCCCAGAGGCACCCCCACCCCCAUCAACCGCAACCAGGCCAACCAGCCCCGCGGGGGAUCGGCCCUGCUUGGGAAGAGGCCCUUUGACAGCAGCGCAUUGGCACUGCCGUUCCCCACCAAUGGGAGGCCGUUCACAUCAGGCAUGAGGACCACCUCUCAGUCAGUGAUCAAGCGUCAGAAAGUGAACCAAGGAGACGCGCCAAACCCUGUGGUUUUUGUUGCUACUAAAUACACCAGGGCUCUGAGGAAACACCUGACCCAGUCUGAGAUGCGACGGGCAGCCAGGAAACCACACCUCCCCGUCAGGGUCAAGCUGCCCUUGCCUCCCCGGCCCCUGGCUUUAGCCAUUCUGCCCUCCAGCACCAGCGAGCCCAUCGUCCUGGAGGACUAACCCCCCACUGCGAAACAGGGAGGGCGCACCACCGCGCACCAACCUGCUAGUGUAGCAGCACAACCCCAUACCAGUAGUUUUCUCUCGUCGUAUUUUUUAAAUCUCGUCUUCUGUUCUGUUACCUCCCAAAAGCUGACGUGCUGCUCCACACACACACACACACACACACACACACACACACACACACACGAGUGACACCCACAUGUAUGCAUUACAUCUAGUACAUGGCAUCAAUUCUUUACACACACACUACGCAUACACUGAGUGUACAAAACAUUAGGAACACCCCCUUUUGCCCUCAGGAAUGCCUCAAACCCAGCAGCGUUGCAGUUCUCGACCCACUCAAACCAGUGCACCUGGCACCUACUACAAUACCCUGUCCAAAGGCACUUAAAUAUUUUGUUUUGCCCAUUCGUCCUCUGAAUGGCAUACAUACACAAUCCAUGUCUCAAUUGUCUCAAGGCUUAGAAAUCCUUCUUUAACCCGUCUCCUCCCCUUCAUCUACACUGAUUGAAGUGGAUUUAACAAGUGACAUCAAUAAGGUAUCAAAGCUUUCACCUGGUCCGUCUAUGUCAGGGGUGGGCAACUCCAGUCCUCGGGGCCUGAUUGCCUCCCCUGGUCUAUGUCAUGGAAAGAGCAGGUGUUUGUAAUGUUUUGUACACUGAGUGUAUACACAGACACAACACCCCCCCACAUACACACACCAGGCUUUGGGCUUUACUAUUUUAUUCUGGCUCUUUUUGCUUAAUUAUUUUUGCUCCCCUUUUUUAAUGGUAAAUCAUUUUAACUGUGUAAUUUAAAAUCUGAAAUAUUUCUCAUCCUGAAAUAAUGGUGAUUUAAAAGCACACUUUAUUUUUUCCCCUCCAGGUCCUUUCUUAUCUGUGUAAAUAUUAGCAGCAUUUUGAGGGGUUGACACCUAAUUGUUUGGGGACUGGUAGGGGCGUGGUUGUGGGAGGGCCAUGGAAAUAGAAAUACUAGAACCACAGCAAUUUGACUAAAUGUCUGUUCUAGUUAUUCAUAUUCUAUAGGGAGGGCUAUGUGGGGCAGUUUUUUAGCAUGUUUAUGGGAAAGUCUAUUUUGACCAAGGUUUCAUCCACUUGCUCCAUCAUAGGUCUGGGAGGUUGCAGUAAAGUGCUUUGUGUGACCCAUCCUUCAAGGAUACUUGUCAGAUUCUACGUUAGACACCCGUCUUCUCUUACACCAUCACAUCAGGCCCCACCCCCUCUCCACACCUAAAUUUGACCUGAUCCCGCCCCCUGUCUCUCCACAAUCCUAUCAGAUGUUCCGUAUGGGGGUUUGAUGGUGAGGAAAUCAAUUCUGUUGAACCCCCCUGGGUAUUUUUAACAUUAGCAGCUUUGCACCCAACUCCCUCCCAUAACCUCUGUUGAGCUCUGUUUUUCUACUUAAUUGUCGUCACAAUCAAUUUGAGUCCUGUCUUGUUUACCAUCACUUGAUUGACACACUGUUUCCAGAUGUUUAUUACCCAUCUGGAGAGAGACAGUCGGGAUCCUUCUCUGUAAAUGCAUUUUGGUUUUGACUGAGAAAGACCGCUUGGGUUGCCUGGCUACCCAGCCACAUCGUUCCCACUAACUGACGUUCCUUCUCCACGAUGAGUCUGGAUUUGCCUGCCUCUCCCGACAAUUUCAAGAACGCAAACACAUUCGUUCUGAUUGGUCCCUGAAACCUAUGGGUUGGGCAAGAGCCUGCCUACAUGCUGACGUUAUCAACUUUGAUACACUGAUUGGUUAGACUAUCCAAUCACUGAUGGAUUUUGUUUUGUUCAACGCCCCUCAUUUUGAAGUCAAACGAGCAACGUCUAGGAUGGCAGUUUGAGACUGAAUGAAUGUAGCGACCGAUAGAGCAGAGGAAUUAAAUUCAGGAUGAGUCGUCAGGCAAACGCUUGAGUACAGCGGUCUUGUCUCUUCAAUACUAUGGUAGGCGAGAGGGAAAAGUAAGGGUUUAGGAAAUGGUGAUGUAGGUUAACAAGGUAGAUGAGAUUCAUAUUGUGUAGGUUUGGAAGAUAUUCAAACAGGUGGUUCUGGAUGUGGAUCUGAUUGUUUGGGACAUGCAAAAUAGAUACUGUUCUCUUUGAGGUCCUUAUUGGGAGAAAUAUGGGUUUGUUUUAGUGGAGUCAGAAUUGAGCCAUAAAAAAAGAAAACAUUCUAGGUGUAAAACUCCAUUCUUAGACAGCCCCUGUUCAUUUUGUCACCUGUACCAAUAAAUCAUAUGCCUUCAGCUCCCCCAAACAGACUAGGCCACCGCAAUUAUGACAAUGGACUGUUUGGAUCUUGGGUUUGAAUGAAACUGGCAAAUUAUGUUACGAGCUGGUUGUUGUCAGAUACUGUUGUUACUAAAGCAGCUAUAUGUAUUGGCUUGGGUGCUGGAGUCAUGUCUUUGUUGGGAGUGGAAUCUCCAGUGAUGUCUCAACUUGUGGGUUGAUUUGGUUUGACUCUUUAUUUUCCCUUUUUGUGUUUUAUUAUGAAGAAAGGGUGCGUUUAGAUUAAAUUAAUUCUUAAUUGGAUAUUAUAAUUCCUCUUUCUCUUCCAGGCUCUGUGUACAAUGGCAGCCAGUAUGGGGGUAGAAAUGACAGAUGUAUAAGCAAGUUUGGUCCCAAUGUGGGCUUUUGUAAUGUUUCUAAAACAAUUAGAAGUGUUAAAAUACUAAUCUGAAGAAGAAAAUAAAAACUUGGCCUUUUGAAAAGUUGUUUCUUUAUAUGAAAUCAUUGGGGAAGAAGGCUUGUAAUUACUCCAUAUUGUGGAGAGGGUUCAAAUACUGUACAUGUGAACAUUGCUCUCCAUUGGGUGGGUUUGGAGGGGGGGGGGCGCAAAUCAGAGCUGGUGGGAGGGAUGUAGAGGGGUUAGAAUUUUGUAUGUUGGAGAGAGAAUUAUGCUACAAUUAAUGGUUUUUCUCAAGUGUUUUUUAUUCCAAUGUCUCUGUAUCCUUUUAAUGUAUCUUGAUAAGAAAAUAAAGAUUUUUUUUUCUUUGUGGUCCUAUA